AUGUCUAUCAGAUCGAUUUCUGUGGGUGCAAAGAUUCCUUCCACCAUUGUUUACGAAAACUCGCCCGGCAACCAAGUCAAUCUCGCUGAAGAAGUUGCUGAAGGCAAGUCUAUCAUCAUCGGAGUUCCUGGUGCCUUUUCCCCGGCUUGUUCCUCAUCCCACGUUCCUGGCUUCAUCAAGAGAUUGAGAGGCUUCAACGAAAAGGGAUUCCAGAAGUUCUUCGUAGUUGCUGUUAACGAUGCCUUCGUGACAAAGGCGUGGGGUGAUGCUUUGUUAGGAUCAACUGUUGCUGGUGCCCAGAUCAAGUUCUUGGCUGAUCCUUCUGGAGCCUUCACUAAGGAUCUUGAUUUGUUGUUUGAUGCUACUAAGUUCUUCGGUAAUGAAAGAUCAAGAAGAUACGCAUUGAUCGUUGAGGACGGUACAGUCACCAAGACUUUUGUAGAACCUGACAACACUUCUGUAGUUGUGUCUGAUUCUGCCAAUGUGUUGGAAGAAGCAUGA